UGGACUUGAUGACUGCGCCAAACAUCGAGAUGAUCGCCUCCUCGCUGCGGAACUGCUCCCUCAGCGGCGGGGGAGGAGGAGGAGGAGGGAGGAGGAGGGGCAGGCGCCACGCGGCGGCGGCGGAGGGGAGCGACGACAGCGAGGGGGUCACCGUGGAGCUCAACUCCGAGGUCGCCCUGCCCUACCACUGGGAGCAGUGCCUCGACAUCCGGACGGGGCAAGUGUACUACAUCAACUGGGAGGACGGGACCCGGACGACCGUCGACCCGCGCUCGUCGUCGGCCUACUCGCCGUCGCCGACGUCGCGCUCGGCGUCGUCCACCUCCCACCGCCGCUGCGCGCGGGCGCGCCGCGCCGCCGCGGCGUCGACGACCACGUCGUCGGGGUACACCUCCGUGUCGUCCGUGGGCGCGGUCAACGCGUGGCGCGCGCACGACAGCGGGCACGCCGGCUACGGCUACGGCUACGGCUACGGCGCCGGCGCCUACGGGUACGGCUACGACGGCGGCGACGGCGACGACGAGGAGAGCAGCAGCAGCAGUAGCAGCAGCAGCGCGAGCAGCAGCCGGGGCUCCGCCGUCUCGUCCACGCUCUCUUCGUUCUCGCCGACCGACGAGUCGGCGUCCGGCGCCGGCAGCGGCUACGCCGUCGGCGACCACGGCCACGUCCUCGUCGCGGCCGGCUGCCGGGCGUGCUUCAUGUACUUCAUGGUGCCGAAGAGCGCCGACAUGUGCCCCAAGUGCGGCAGCUCCGGCCUCCUCCACCUCAGCCGCAACGGCUACGUAUGAGACGCCACCACCGCCCCCCGAGUCGUCGCCGGCGCCGGCGCCGCCGCUGAAGUCGAGCUCUGCAAUUCACUAAUUGUAGGGGGACCUUCUCGCAAUUGUGCAUCCUUUUCGCUGAGCCGAUGACUAGCUAUUAGAGAACUUCCAAAGAGAAAAAAAAGAGAAGAGUUUUUUGGUGAAAAGGUCCCCAAAUUUCGCCAUUAUUACCUACAUUGUACUCCGAUGUAUGGGAGGAGACCCAUUUCUAGAAUUCUUCUUUUCCUUC